CACGAUGUUAGCUGGCAAGCAGUUGAUCGUUACUUUCAAAGUGCCUUCCUUGCUUGAAAGACGUCCAGAAAUAUUGUUCGGCCACACUGUCCGCAUACGAGAGGAGCUCAGCAUGCACAAAAAAGAGCUCUUAGCGACAGUCUUCAAGGUGACGCGUGAUCUCAUACAGGUGCUUGUAUUCAAGAAACACCACAAGAUGUUUCAAAAAAAGUGUCGCCUAUUCUUACGCUUUAUGGUAGAUCAUCAGCCGUUCAAGGUGAUGGCCUUCACUCUCCAGUGUGUGCGUGCCAAAGGGCUAUGGCUGGAAGAGGGAGAAAACAGGCACAAAUGCGAAUACAUCCGACAAGAGUCCCUCCAAAGACUCUCGGAUCACUCAUCGAGUGCGAUCGAAAGCAGAGCUGAGUGUGUUGAGGGGUUGAACACAGAGCAACGGGAAGCGGCCACCGGAAUUGCUGACUGCUGUGAGGGGGAUGUGUACCUGGUGCAUGGUCCACCCGGCACUGGGAAGACCACGGCCGUCAUAUCCGCCACACGUCUGGUGAUUAGUUCGGGUCAGAAAGUACUGCUGUGUGCGCCAUCGCAUGCUGCCGCCGAUGUGCUCGUGCAACGGCUGGCUGAAUGUGUGCCAAACCCUCGUGAAACCAUUCUGCGCUUGUAUCCGUACCAGAGAGACUACUCGAAUGUACCGAUGGAUGUGAAGCCUUAUGCCCACUUCGAUGCCGUGGCAGGAAUGUUCGUGUGCCCACCCCCUGAGGUACUGAUGGCGCGGUCGAUCAUCGUGUGCACGUGUUUGUCAGCGGCCAUUCUAGCUGAUGUUCCUUCGCUCCGAGGCACGCUGUCGCAUAUAAUUAUUGAUGAAGCGGCGCAAGCGACGGAACCAGAAGUGCUGGUGCCCAUCUCGGCUGUCGGGGCCAAGACCACACGGGUGGCUUUGAUUGGAGAUCACAAGCAGCUGGGGCCUGUAGUGCGCAGUGCAGAUGCACGACGAAUGGGACUACAUGUAUCGCCCCUGGAACGGCUAUGUAAGCUGCAUGCGGACGGUGACGCGUCGUCGUUGAAUAGGCGGAUUCUUCUCACUCAACUGACUAAAAACUAUCGGUCCCACGAGACACUGCUUGAGUUGCCGUCAAAGCUCUUCUACAAUAACUCGCUCGAGGCGUGCUCUGAAAACGCCACAGAUCAAUCCCUGUUGGCGUGGGAGGAACUUCCUACGAAGGCACCGCUGCUCUUCUACGGAGUGGCUGGGCAUUACCAUCAGGACGGAGACAGCCGGUCGUACUUCAACGACACGGAGGCUAGUCUGGUGUCAACCAUUGUUCAGAAGCUGCUGCAGUAUAAACCCGGCAGUGUGUCUACGAACGAUAUUGGCAUCAUCGCACCAUUUCGAAAGCAGGUGUACAACAUCAGAACACUGUUGCGUGCGCAUGGUCUGGGUGCCAUCCGUGUGGGGACUGUACAAGAUUACCAAGGCCAGGAAGAGAAAAUCAUCUUCAUCAGCACGGUGAUUGGCAGAAACGUGAGAACAAAAUCGCAAAUCCUGAAGGGGUUUGGCUCAGGGCUUACGGGUAAUGCCAGGCGUUUCAAUGUCGCCAUCACACGCGCCAAGAGUCUACUAGUGGUGGUCGGCGAUCCUUUACCUCUGGUGGGCGAUCCAUAUUGGAUGAAAUUCAUAUCCCAUUGCAUACAGAACAAGACAUACAAGGGCUGUCCAUGCCCUGUCAUUCCGGGUGUUGAAACCAGCACAACGCACGAGCCGGCGAACGUAGACGCACUGAUCGAACGUAUGGGCGCGCUCAUGCUGGGCCCUGGGGAUGAAUCGUUGAUGUUCCCAGACCCAGAGGACUUAGCGUCCUUCUACCGAGACGAGCAGGAAUUCCGCUGUUUAGUAUAAGUGCUUGGGUGUGGCGAUUGCCGCGCCGUGCCUUCUCCUAUGCACACCUAUACUGUGCACAAACUAUGUUAAUGGGGGCGAAUUCUUCUCCAAUAUGCCCUAGUAUCUCGGCUUAAGAUGAUACGCUAAUCAGUAAACCUUCGACUCGAAAGAGUUCUCCAAAGAGCGCAUAAUCUCAUACUCCUAUAUCCUCGUUCCACAGCUCAGGCCGAUCCUUUAUAAACUGUUCCAUCAUCUUAACACACUCCUCCGAUUGCACCACUUGCACACACUCCCCUCUCGAGCGCAAGCAGCUCUCUGGGCCUUGGAAAGUUCGGCUCUCGCCCACCACUACGCGGGGAAUCUUGUACAGUUGUAUGCCCCAGUACACAUGUCACACGGCGAAAGUGUGCUGUAUAGUGAGGCUCGUUGGUAGUCCG